AUGCAUAGGGAGAAGUUAACAAAGUGUCUUGAAGAUUUAAAGAGACAAGAAAGACUCGACAGCCUCAGGGCUAGACUUUCUUUUGACACACCUUCCAGCCAAGUAGGAACAGACCUUCAAAAUAAGAACAACAACGGUGACCCGCUGGAAACAUUUAUGACUGCUCUCAGGCAAAUGUCCUCAGAAGAAAGGGAGAAUCUUAACAUAGGACAGAAGUCGAAGGAGAAGGGGAAGGAAAAAGACAACCUUGGUGAUAAUGGCCUAGAUCAGCCCUAUCUACCACGAGACCUAGCCGAGGUCUCAAAGUUCACACGAAGAAUUGCAGAAGCACCUAUGCCCCCCAAGACAAAGUUACCCCCAGGCUUUGACCGUUAUGACGGAACAAGAGACCCCGAGGAUUAUCUGCAUGCCUUCCGGGGAGCGGGACAACUGGGGCGGUGGCCUAUGCCUGUAUGGUGUCACAUGUUCGUACAAACACUGACGGAGGGGGCCCGGCUUUGGUUUGACAGCCUUCCUCCGGGGGGAAUAGAUAGCUAUGAAGAGUUAAGCGAGAAGUUCCUUAGGAAUUUUGGCCAACAGAGAAAAGUGGUCAAAAAUCCAAAUGAGAUCCUCCAUAUAAGGCAGAGGGACAAUGAACGAAUAGACCAGUAUAUGGAGCGGUUCGUCAAGGAAAGAAUGAACAUCAAAGACGUCCCGGAGGUCAUGAAGAUCAGUAGCUUCAUAAACGGGCUGAAGCACGCACAGCUGUGUGAAAAACUGGGGGAGGAGUUUCCCCACUCAUUUGACAACCUCAUGGACAGGGUCAGGGCCUUUGUCAGAGGGAAAGACACGGUCAGCAAAGCUAAGGAGACGGAUGUCACACCUCGGAGGGUCACCCCAGCCACAAGGCUCCCUGAUAAAGGUACACCUUACUCCCGAAAACCCGCUUUUGAUAGAAUGUUGCAUGACAGAACGAGGCCCUCAUACUCCCCGUAUAGACCCCGAGGGAGGGGUCCCCCUCCUUACUCCGAUAGCUUCAUCCCCCUCACCAAGACCCCAAGUGAGAUACUGGCCACCGAGAGGGUAAAGAACUCCUUCCCAAGGCCACCACCCAUAAAACCUGGGCCGAAGGCACAACCAAACGAGUAUUGUGAUUUUCAUAAAGGUUUUGGGCAUAAAAUUGAUGACUGUAUGUAUCUGAAAAGAGAGAUAGAGGCCGCAGUAAAAACAGGAAGGCUUGCCCACUUAGUCAAGGAAAUCAAGGAGGGGGGAGGGGACCGCAAGGGAAGAGAUGCAAGGGAGCCGGGGAGGGCAGAUGUUGAUAUGAUUAGAAGGAGGAUCCUAGGCUCCCCAGACUGCAUGAAAGCUCCCAUCCUCAUGCCACACCUGGAAGAAAAUGAAGUGCAAUGGCUACCCCUAAACAUCUCAGUCAUAAUAGCCGGUCACAAAGUAUCCCGAAUACAUGUGGAUGGGGGGUCCGGUGUCGAGGUAAUAUAUGAGCAUUGCUUCCUUAGAUUCGACAGAGAUGUGAGAGAUCGGCUGGAAGAACAUUCCAUCCCCUUGGUGGGGUUCAACAACAGUAUAUCACACCCCCUGGGAAAGAUCAGGCUCCCGUUCACAGUCAGGGUAAGGGACCGGGUCCGAACGAUAAACUUGACCUUCACAGUAGUCCGGGCACCCUCAAAGUACAACGCGAUUUUAGGAAGACCUGGGAUUGGAGACUUACAGGCACAGGCAUCCACCCCCCAUGGAGCUCUAGUAUUUCAGACACCGAAGGGCUUAGCCUGGGUUAAAUCCGCUUACGAGGUAAUUUCUUCUGUAUCCAAAGAGGAAGCAACUGAGAAGCCCCAGAAAAAGGGAGUAGAAGAAUAG